AGCGCGUCACGGGGCGGCAGGUGCGGCAGACAGCAGUGUUUACAUGGGGCGGUGCGCGGGGCGUCCCAUCCCGCGGGACUGUUGACGUUGGGAGUAACUGACCGAGUGUUUACUGUUUGGACUUGAGACAGCUGUACAGCUUACUACACCACAAAUUCCUAUCAAGCUUUCAAGACACUCAACCUCACCAGGACCUUCCAACACAAAACAAAUCAACUUCACCGCAUAUAGCCUGACCACAUCACCUCCGCAUCCCGGACCUUUGGGGCACUAGAGGCUGUGACACAGCCUGCACGGCCCCAACAAAUCUCCAAGAAGAAGAAGGAGAAGCUUACUACACAACGACUGAGAGUGUUCAUAACUUUGCUGUGAAUGAGAGGUGGUUAUAGGAGCAACAGUAUAAGCAGCAAACUGGAGUGUUCAUAAUUUUACCGUGAGUGGCAGUGUUGGUAAGUGUAGCAGCGGCAGCAGUCCCCAGCAGCCCUUUCAGGAUGUCCAUGCCCCCAUUGGCCUCGAUCAUCCCCUGGGAGCAGGUGUGUCGCAUGCUGGAAAAGGUACAUGGGGAGAAACGGCCAAAGAAAAAAGAAAUGCUGCUCAAAUUUAUCACUCACUUCCGGGAACUUCAUCACAAGAAAUUACAGCAUCAGCCCGAUUGUCCAGACACUUUCUUCCCUGUGAUGCGAGUGUUGCUGCCGGGGCUGGACAGGGCAAGAGGUGCCUAUGGGGUGAAGGAACGCAGGCUGGCUGACUUGUAUAUACGCAUUCUUGGUUUGAGGAAAGAUGGGAAUGAUGCACAGAAGCUUAUAAAUUUCAGGAAACCCAAGGCAACAGCGGGGGGUGAGUCGGGAGAUUUUGCUGAGGUUGCCUACUAUGUGUUGAGGAGCAGGUGUCUCAGUGGGGGGAAGCUGAGCCUGCUAGAAGUCGACCAGCACCUCACCUCUAUCGCCGAGAACCAUGCUGCAAAGAACCAUGAGGCAGUGGAGCGUUCUCUGCUGGUGAUGCUCAAUGGAAUGUCAGCCAAGGAACAGAAGUGGCUGCUGCGUGUUCUGCUGAAGGACAUGAGACUCGGGUUGGGGCAGACGGCCAUCUUUGCAGCGUGGCACCCCGAUGCUAAGGAUUACUAUGACGUCACCAAUAGUCUAGAGAAGGUCUGCAAAACACUCCAAGACCCUUCCGUUCGUCUGCAUGAGGUGGACGUGUCGCUGUUCUGCCCAUUCCGCCCCAUGUUAGCUCAGCGGGCAGUGCUGGAGAAGGUGGAGUCACAGAUGAAUCACAAGUCCUAUUUUGCAGAGACGAAGUUUGAUGGAGAGCGGUCCCAGAUUCACAAGAAAGGCGGAGAUUACAAAUACUUCUCAAGAAACGGCUUUGAUUUCACCACAAACUUUGGCGCGGACCGACACAGUGGCCUGUUCACCCCGCACCUCCACCCCCAGCUGGCCCCACAUGUUAGAGACGUGAUCCUGGACGGGGAGAUGGUCGGCUGGAGCAGGAACCGUCGCUGCAUCGUUACCAAGGGUGAACUAAUGGACGUGAAGCACCUGAAGGAGGAAGGUGAUUGGCAGGUGUGCUUCUGUGCCUUCGACAUCAUCUAUCUCAAUGGCAAGGUCCUGACAAACCAGUCCCUGGAGGAGCGACUGGGGGUUCUGAGGUCAGUGGUCAUCCCUCUAGAAGGUCGGGUCGUCAUCUCUGCCACCACUAAGGUCAGGACAAGGGAGGAGGUGGUGGCUGCCCUGAAUGAAGCAAUAGACAGGCGUGAGGAGGGUGUGGUGCUAAAGGACCCAGACAGUGUGUACCAGCCUGCCUCCCGAAGAGCUGGCUGGAUUAAAGUGAAGCCUGAGUAUGUCGACUCACUAGUGCCAGAGCUGGACCUGGUGAUAAUUGGAGGGUUCUAUGGCAAGGGGACCCACCAUGGUGCCCUCUCUCACUUCCUCCUGGGUGUCGCUGUGCCUGCAGAGGAACCUGGGGGAAAGCCAAGACUCUUCCACUCCUUCACUCGUGUGGGAUCUGGCUACACUGUGGAUGAGCUGCAAGAGUUGGUGGAUAAACUGAAGCCACACACUCGCGUCCGCCAGCCGUCCAGUGUGUGUGUGGGACGGGAGAAAGUUCCGGAUGUGUGGAUAGAACCUUGUAAAUCUUUCGUUGUACAGGUGAGGGCAGCGGAGGUGGUGAAGAGCGACCUAUACCGAACGGGGGUGACACUGAGGUUCCCGAGGGUGGAGAGGGUGCGUUAUGAUAAGCCAUGGCACCAGGCACUCACCACCACUGAACUCAGGCAGCUUGUGCAGGAGGCGAGUGGCAAGCUGGCAGUGAAACACUAUGGCGACGACGUGGAUGGAGGAAAGGGCACCAAGAGGAAGGCAGUGGCUAGGAUGGAGGGCCCGUCUCUGCCCCCACACUUCCGCCCAGCCGAUGUCUCCUCCACUGUCAAGAAAGAUGAAAUAUUUGCGUCGCUGGAGAUGUGUGUGAUGAGUGGAGAUGAGGAGAUGAGCAAGCAGGCGCUGGAGAUAAUGGUGAAAGAACAUGGAGGUAGUCUCACUCAGCACCCAGGCCCAAACACUCACUGCAUCGUGGCAAACACACCAACAGUGAGAGUUCAAAACUACAUCGCAUCUUCUAAACACAACGUGGUGCUGCCUUCCUGGGUGGUGGCGUCUUGCUCCAGUGGCCGCCUGCUGCCCUGGGGACCUCUGGAUAUUCUGCACCUGAGGGAGAAGGAGAGAAGUGUCAUGCAAGACCUGUUUGAUGAGUUUGGGGACAGCUACACUGAGCCAACCGAUGGGAAGACUCUCAGAAGGGUGAUGAUCAAGAUGAAGAAAGAGUGUUGGCGUGUAUUGUCUGAGGAUGAGAUGAGUGCGAUGGAUGAGAAGCUGUGUGACUCUGGGGACCUGAGGGCUCUCUUCCGGAGGGUCACUGCCUGCCUGUGUGGUGGUGAGGUGGACAGGCUGGCAGGACUCACCCUCAGGCUCCAUGGCGGGCUGCUGACUGACUCGCCCUGCUCAGCGACUCACCUCAUUGUUCCGGAGGAGAGCGAUAUGAGAGCACACGAACUGGCAGGAAGGCAUUUGGUGACGGCUGACUGGGUCUAUGCAAGUGUGGAGCGAGGCAAGAGACUGGAGGAGAGACUGUAUAUGCCAAGACUGGUGUGAUGACUGAUUGGGUGAUUGACUGGCUGGCUGAUUCGUUGAUUGAGUGCAUAUAUGGGUGACUGGAUGAUUACUGAUUGAUUAGACUAGAGAAAUUAAUGAAUGACUGACUGGCUGACUGACUGGAGGACGAGAUGAUUGACUGACUGACUGAUUGGAUGGUUGACUGACUGGUUAAUUGAGUGCAUAUAUGGGUGACUGGAUUGAUUGUUGAGUGAUUAGAGAAAUGACUGACUGACUGACUGACUGGCUGGCUGACUGAAUUAAUGACUGACUGACUGGUUAACUGGCUGACUAGAGGGUUAAUAGAAUGAAUGACUGGUUGAUUGGGUGACUGACUGGCUGAGUGGCUAAUAAAACUGACUGACUAAAUGACUGACUGACUGAUUAGAAAGAUAAACGACUGACGAUUUACUAAAACUAUCAAACUGACUAACUGUCCUGAAUCACUUAUUGAACUAACGCAUGGCUGACUGACUGAGGAGAAUAAUAAUAAAAAAACCCCAUUAAAUACCUGUACAUAUCGUUGAAUUCUUGCUUUUAAGUAUAUUUUGUAUCCAAGCUGUGAUAUGUAUGCACUAUGUAUGGAGUUUGAAGUACACCCUAUCUCUUA